UAAAUUGGAAAAUGGAAAUUCCCAAUCGACUUGGAAUUCUGUGAACCUCUAAUUCCCCACCGGAGCAAAGAAUAUCCGUGCCCCCGUUGUCUCGUGUCCACCACGCACAGAUGGGCACUGCGCUUCUCUCAGUUCCUGCGCCUCAGCGAGCUCCAUUCUUCCACUCCUCCUAUGCAACCUCUCCAAGAUGGUCUCAUGGACCCAGAACUUCACUCAGAUUUUCAUCAUCUAGGGGCGUCAGCUUCCUCUCUUCCUCCUCUUCUUCUGCUUCUGUUGUAGAUGAAGAAACAAAUUCUUCUCCUCCAGACGACCUCUCUCUUCAGUCUGAAUCAGACCCCGAUGCUUCUUCGUUCAGAGGGUGUAAGGCCUGUGGAAGGGAAGAAAUUGAGAGGGGAUGCAAUGGUGAUGGAAGGAUACAAGGUGGCAUUGCAACAGUCCCAGGUUUUGGUUGGUGGCCUAUAAAGGCAUACAGGCCUUGUCCUGGAUUUGUAGCAUCCGGUGGCAGAUAUAAGCGGCGUGGACAAAGCAUGGACGAGGUUACAUCUGGAGGAGCAAGGAAAGAAGCCUCUGCUGAUGCUGGCAGAAAGGACUCGUCGAGCAAGAAAAAGUCGGCGAAGGGGUAACAUAGGCAAGCUUACCCAUCCACAAGUUGAUACACAAACAGGGAGGGAAUGAAGGAUGGAUGAUGUAGAAUUGGUUUCAUGGAAAUACUAAUGUGAAGGGGUGAGAACUGAACAACAAAUUCUCACUUCUUUAGGCUUCUGUAACAUCAGAAUGCUGCAUUUAAAGCACAGAAAAUUUUCCAAUCCAUGGUUUGUUUGAAGCAUAUGAAGAUUCA